AUGUCGCUCCAGUUUGCAGUACCUGCAGCUAUUGCUGCCUGGAUUGUGGGUCGCAAGGGCCAGUCCAUCAACGCAAUACGUGCACAAAGUGGAGCUAGCAUCGAUGUCUCCAAGGAGGGUGCACGCUACCGUGUGAUCGACAUCCGCGGCGCAGAGCAGGCGCUGAUGAGCGCCAUUGAGAUGGUGGUGGAACAGGCAUCAACCCUCCCAGACGGAUGGACGGAGUCCAUCAGGAUAGUGCUGCCGGCAGGCACGGCCGGAUACAUUAUCGGCCGCGGCGGCGAGGCUAUCAAGGAGCUUCGGCGCAGCUCGGGUGCCGAGAUGGACUUGGCCCAGCUGAAUGCAGGAGCGGAGCAGCUGCUAGUGAUCAGUGGCGAGGUCGAGGUGAUUGUGGAAGCAGCUCAAAUGGUGGCUGGUCGGAUAGCAGAAGUGCGGCGCAUAGCGCCUGCUGGCGCCAACGCGGGCGAGUUUCAGGUGAGCAUUGACACGACAGCUACCGUAGAGGAGCUGAAGGAGAAGGUUUCCGCACAAGUCAACAUCCCAGCGAAGAACAUUCGGCUGGUGUGCGUCGGCCGCAUCUGGCAGGACACCCAGACCGUCGGGUCUUACGAGCCGAAAGACGGAGUCGUGGUGCACUGUCUAAACAAUCCGCAGAGGGAGGCCCCUCCAGCCGCCAGCCAGUCCUUAGCACCGGCGAACCCCAUGGCGCAGAUGAUGGGCGCAGCACCCGCGCCGCAGGCCAACUCAGGUGCGGUCGCGGUAAUCUGCAGCAAAGACAAGCCGGUCAUCGUGCUCUUCUUGGGGCUAAGCGCGUCGCCGCGAAGUUUUGUGGCACAUGGCUUCCUGAGAGAGUUUGUUUAA